CAACACCGCGCCUUUCACGGCCAGAAAGUGCAACUAACUACAGAACUCGAACGCGCCUGCAAAACCCUCACCACUUGGACCGGGUGUACACGCACCGCAGCGCCAGCAGAAUAGCCCCGCCAACAACAGUAACAUGUCGGGCCUCUUCGGCUCCAACAAUGCGAACAGCAGCGCGAAUCCCACUCAAGGCGAUCUCACCAAAGAUGUUACGGUCAACGACCCACCCGAAGACAGCAUUUCCGCCCUAUCCUUCAGCCCUGCAUCAGAUCACUUGUCGGUGUCGAGUUGGGACAAGAAAGUGCGCAUAUAUGAGAUCGAUGGCUCCGGAAACAGCAAGGGGGUCGCCAUGUUCGAGCAUGAGGGACCAGUACUAGAUACAUGCUGGAGUCCGGACGGACAAAAGGUCUUUGGUGCGGGAGCAGACAAGGCCGCGCGCAUGCUCGAUCUAGGCGCAGGUCAAACUACAGGCACUCAAGUCGCAGCUCACGAUCAGCCGAUUCGAUGUGUCAAAUCUUUCACGUUCAAUGGAAGCCCCAUGCUGAUCACGGGAAGCUGGGACAAGACGAUCAAGUACUGGGACCUGCGAGCGCCUCAGCCCGUUGCCACCGUCGAUGCCGGGGAGCGCGUCUAUACAAUGGACAUUCGAAACGACUCCAUGCUGGUUGUCGGCACAGCAGAACGACACAUUCGCAUCGUCGACCUCAAGCAGCCAGACAAGUUCUACAAGUCGUUGCAGAGCCCACUUAAGUGGCAGACGAGAACAGUCAGUACCUUCAUUGAUGGCUCAGGCUUUGCAAUUGGAUCCAUCGAAGGACGUUGCGCGAUUCAGUACAUUGACGACAAGGACUCGGCCAACAACUUCUCCUUCAAAUGCCACCGCCAGACACCGGCCGACAACCGAAACGUGUCCCACGUCUAUGCCGUGAACGCCAUCUCCUUCCAUCCACAACACGGCACCUUCUCCACCGCAGGCAGCGACGGCACAUUCCACUUUUGGGACAAGGACGCAAAGCACAGACUGAAAGGGUACCCUGAAGUGGGAGGCACCAUUGCAGCAACCGAGUUCAACAGAUCGGGCAACAUCUUUGCUUAUGCCGUGUCGUAUGACUGGAGCAAGGGUUAUAUGUAUAACAAUCCACAAACGCUUAAUAAAAUCAUGCUGCAUCCUGUAGUUGGAGAUGAAUGCAAGCCGCGCCCGAAGACGACGAAGCGGUAGUCUCCUUCCGAUGCAGAGUCUCCCAGAGAGCCUGCUCCAGAGCCUGCUUCAGAGCCUGAUUCAGAGCCUUCUGUAGGGCAUUCUGCACGGCCUGGGUUGUCCGAGCGUCGGGGGUUGUCAUUCAAACUAGGAUUGGCAUGAAUAUGAGUAUGAGCGUGGAGUUCUGGCGUUCUUUGGAAAACAGAGGUGGGAAUGCAUGCAGCGAAAGCCACGCGUAGGGCGGAGCAUGAUGAAGGCGCUUGACGAGCAGUGCAGAGAGUGUCAUGAAUAGCUAGCGGCUUUGCAGUAGAUAUCGCGGAAACACUUGGCGUCAGUAUACGCAUGAAAUACAUGUACACUAGGUAGUCCCAAAUACCUCAUUUCGAG